AGUAUUAUAUACAUAUAAUAAACAUUUAGAAGUCAUAAAUAUAAAUUAAUCAUGAAUAUCAAAUAAAUAAUCCGAAACUGAAACCGACACAAAUUUAGCCGAUCAGACCGUCCGCUCGCAUAACUCCGGUCUGACCGGCUCCACUCAGCCGAAAACUUGUUCAUCAACAAUCACUAUUCACAAUAUUUGUCUAACCGAUACACAAAACCCGGGUUGAUCGAACCACUUUUCUAAAUAAUAAAAUCAAUUAUCUCAAAUACUAAUUGUUCGUCAUGAAAUAAUAAUGAAAAGACACUUUGUUCACACAAGUUGGCUGUUAAACAAACAGCAUCAUUUGCUCAUCAGUCAUCCCCGUGAACUAGUAGGUACACCGGACGGAAGAUGAGUCAGCCAUUCUAUUAUCAGAUCUGUCCUCGGAAGUCGGAAUCUUUACUUACAAAAUAUUGACCGACCAGGACCAGCAUCUUUGGAGACGACACCAACGCGAGAUCGCCACGUCGUGCCGAUCAGCUCGAUCGUGUGUUUUCCUCCGUCCGGCUCGCAUGGCCGGCGUCGUCUUCCUCGUCCUCUUCGUGGCGGCCGCCGCCAUGCCAGCAUCGGUCACCGCAGCGACAUCACAGACCGAUGCGCUGCUGGCGUGGAAGGCCAGCCUGCUGCUGGGCGACGCGGCCGCGCUGUCCGGCUGGACGCGGGCCGCGCCGGUCUGCACCUGGCGCGGCGUGGCCUGCGACGCCGCCGGCCGCGUCACUUCGCUCCGGCUCCGGGACGCCGGUCUCAGCGGCGGCCUCGACACGCUCGACUUCGCGGCGCUCCCGGCGCUGACCGAGCUUGACCUCAACAGGAACAACUUCACCGGUCCCAUCCCGGCCAGCAUCUCGCGGCUGCGCUCCCUUUCUUUGCUCGAUCUCGGCAGCAACUGGUUGGAUGGCUCUAUACCGCCGCAGCUCGGCGACCUCUCCGGCCUCGUCGAGCUUCGCCUCUACAACAACAACCUCGUCGGCGCCAUCCCCCACCAGUUAAGCCGUCUCCCCAACAUUGUCCAUUUCGAUCUGGGAGCAAACUACCUGACCGACCAUGACUUCCGCAAGUUCUCGCCGAUGCCCACCGUCACGUUCAUGUCGCUCUACCUCAACUCCUUCAAUGGAAGCUUCCCGGAGUUCGUCCUCAGGAGCGGCAGCAUCACCUACCUCGACCUGUCGCAGAAUGCUCUGUUCGGGCCAAUACCGGACAUGCUCCCGAAUCUGAGGUUCCUCAACCUGUCCUUCAAUGCGUUCUCCGGCCCGAUUCCGGCGUCGCUUGGGAGGUUGACGAAGCUCCAGGACCUGCGAAUGGCCGGCAACAAUCUCACCGGCGGCGUCCCGGAGUUCCUCGGGUCGAUGGCACAGUUGAGGAUUCUUGAGCUCGGGGACAACCAGCUCGGCGGUCCAAUCCCGUCGGUUCUUGGCCAGCUCCAGAUGCUUCAGAGGCUCGACAUCAAGAACGCUAGCCUUGUUUCAACUUUGCCGCCUCAACUAGGCAAUCUUAAUAAUCUCGCUUAUCUGGACCUGUCCUUGAACCAGUUCUCCGGUGGGUUGCCGCCGACGUUUGCAGGGAUGCGGGCAAUGCAGGAGUUCGGCCUUUCCACGACCAAUGUCACUGGUGAGAUCCCACCGGCGUUGUUCACGAGCUGGCCCGAGCUCAUAUCCUUCGAAGUGCAGAACAACUCGUUCACCGGCAAGAUUCCAUCGGAGCUCGGCAAGGCGAGGAAACUGGAAAUCCUUUACCUAUUCCUGAACAACCUUAACGGUUCCAUCCCGGCAGAGCUUGGCGAGUUGGAGAACCUGGUAGAGCUGGAUUUGUCGGUGAACUCGCUCACCGGACCGAUCCCCAGCUCGCUCGGCAACCUCAAGCAGCUCAUAAAGUUGGCGCUAUUCUUCAACAAUCUCACCGGCGUAAUCCCGCCGGAGAUUGGCAACAUGACGGCGUUGCAAAGCUUCGACGUCAACACCAACAUUCUGCACGGCGAGCUGCCAGCCACCAUCACGGCCCUCAAGAACCUCCAAUACCUCGCCGUGUUCGACAACUUCAUGAGCGGCACCAUCCCGCCGGACCUCGGCAAGGGCAUAGCCUUGCAGCACGUGAGCUUCAGCAACAACAGUUUCUCUGGCGAGCUGCCACGGAACCUCUGCGACGGCUUCGCGCUGGAGCACUUCACGGUGAACUACAACAACUUCACCGGCACGCUGCCACCGUGCCUGAAGAACUGCACGGGGCUGUUCAGGGUUCGGCUAGAGGAGAACCACUUCACCGGCGACAUCUCGGAGGCCUUCGGCGUGCACCCCAGCCUGGAGUACCUGGACAUCUCCGGCAACAAGCUUACUGGUGAGCUGUCCUCCGACUGGGGACAGUGUACCAACCUCACGCUCCUGAGCAUGGACGGCAAUCGCAUAUCCGGCCGCAUUCCUGAAGCAUUUGGGAGCAUGACAAGAUUGCAGAUUCUCAGCUUGGCUGGAAACAAUCUGACAGGAGGUAUUCCACUUGAUUUGGGUCAUCUCAACCUUUUGUUCAAUCUCAACCUGAGCCAUAAUUCCUUUUCCGGGCCUAUCCCGACAAGUUUGGGCAACAAUUCUAAGCUACAGAAAAUAGAUAUGUCAGGAAACAUGCUUAAUGGCACGAUACCAGUUGCUCUUGGCAAGCUUGGUGCUCUGACAUUUCUUGAUUUGAGCAAGAACAGGUUGUCAGGGAAGAUACCAAGGGAACUUGGUAAUCUGGUUCAGCUGCAGACCCUACUUGAUUUGAGCAGCAAUUUUUUAUCGGGUUGGAUCCCCCAGGCAGCCUUCUGCAAACUGCUCUCUCUUCAGAUUCUGAUCCUGUCGAACAACCAGCUGACUGGAAAACUGCCCGACUGCCUAUGGUACUUGCAAAAUCUGCAGUUCUUGGACCUUUCCAACAAUGCAUUCUCAGGUGAAAUCCCUGCAGCAAAGGCAAGCUACAGUUGUUCCCUUAUAUCGAUUCAUCUUUCCAGCAAUGACUUCACUGGAGUUUUUCCAUCAGCGUUAGAGGGAUGCAAGAAGUUGAUCAAUUUAGAUAUUGGGAAUAACAAUUUUUUUGGUGAUAUUCCUAUUUGGAUUGGGAAAGGCCUUCCAUCAUUGAAGAUUCUUAGCCUUAAAUCAAACAACUUCAGUGGUGAAAUUCCAUCAGAGUUGUCACAGCUUUCUCAACUUCAACUGCUAGACAUGACCAACAAUGGUUUGACAGGGUUGAUUCCCAGAUCUUUUGGUAAACUUACUUCCAUGAAGAAUCCAAAGCUUAUAUCUAGUCGGGAAUUAUUACAAUGGUCUUUUAAUCAUGAUAGAAUCAAUACAAUCUGGAAGGGGAAGGAGCAAAUAUUUGAAAUAAAGACUUAUGCAAUAGAUAUUCAAUUAGUGACGGGUAUCAGUUUGUCAGGUAACUCAUUAUCACAAUGCAUCCCUGAUGAAUUAAUGAACCUCCAAGGCCUUCAAUUUCUGAACUUGUCAAGAAACUAUCUGUCACGCAGCAUACCUGAGAACAUUGGUAGUUUGAAAAAUCUUGAGUCUCUUGACCUAUCAUCAAACGAACUUUCAGGAGCCAUUCCUCCAAGCCUUGCCGGUAUAUCUACCCUUAGCAGUCUGAAUCUCUCGAAUAAUCAUCUAUCAGGCAAGAUAUCCACCGGGAAUCAACUUCAAACCCUCACUGACCCAUCAAUCUACAGCAACAAUUCUGGGCUAUGUGGCCUUCCGUUGAACAUCUCAUGCACAAAUUAUGCACUUGCAUCAGACGAGAGAUAUUGUAGAACAUGCGAGGACCAGUAUCUAUCGUACUUUGUGAUGGCUGGAGUGGUUUUUGGGUCUUGGCUAUGGUUUGGAAUGUUAUUUUCAAUUGGGAACUUAAGGUAUGCCGUUUUCUGCUUUGUUGAUGACAUUCAGCGUAAGGUUAUGCAGAAGGUGUCCUGUAUUAAUCAACUUCUUUCAAGAGGGAAUACUGCCCAAUAUCUGUAGCUGUGUUUCCUUAACCUUCUGAUGAUGAAGUAUGUGCUUCCUUUGUAUUAAGAGUAAGAAAAAUGUAAUUGGAAGGGACCUGAAGAAACAGAGAACAGCUGGUUUAAUGACAGGUAUUGAUUUACAAAGCAUUUCACUUUACAUUGAAACCCCAAAAUAGCUGACAUACCUUCAGGGCCUCUGGUUUUUAAACUUGUCAGGGAAUAAUCUAUCACGCAUGUGUUCCAGAAAGAAUUGGCAAUUACUAUAUCUUGGGAGUCCCUUGACUUAA